AUGCUUGAGUCGGUGGUUGAGCGGCUGUUGAGUCGCUACUUGGCGCAGUACGUCAGGGGGAUAAGUCGAGACAAACUGUCUGUGGCUGUAUGGAGCGGCAAUGUGGAACUGGAGGACUUGCAGGUUAAGCCAGAGGUCUCGGACAUCCUCGGCAUUCCUUUUCGCGUCGUUUGGGGGCGCGUGCAGAAGAUCAAGUUGACAAUUCCCUGGUCAAGACUGGGCACGGCGCCUGUUUGUGUAGAGGUGGCGGGGCUGCAUGUGCUUCUGCACCCCAAACCAAUACCGGAGCAAAGCGAUGAAGAGCUCAUUCAGCAACUCCGCCAGGCAAAGCGCAGACAGGUCGAGGCCUGCGAACUGCAGAUGCAUGAUGCCAGAUUGCGACUCGCCGAGCAGCAACACCAGCACGCCGCUGCUGGAAGCAGCAGCAGUAGCAAGGAAGGAGAUGGUGGUUUCUUCUUUCGCUUUGUCAACAAAAUACUCAGCAACCUCUUAGUUGAUAUCAGGGAUGUACACGUAGCUCUCGUAGAUCCCGCUAGGGGCUUCUCUGUAGGUGUGCUGUUGAAUCAGGCCUCAAUACACAAUACCGAUGCAGCAUGGAGGCGUCACGAGCCACAACAGCAGCAAAAGCACCAGGCUUUCUACAAGGCCUGCGAACUCAGCGGCCUCGCGAUCUACUGCGCACUUGACGGCGGCAAUGCCCAACAGCCGAAACAGUUGCACCGCACUAGGCAGCAGCAGAAGCAGCAGGAGCACCCGUUUCCGCAGCAACCAAAGGCUUUACAUGCAGCGUUGCCACUGCCCACCUUCCCUCCGCCGCCUCCGUCUGAACCACCACCCCUUCCUUCCUGUCCGGCUCCCUGCGGCUACCGAACGGCGGCGGCAGCAGCACCCUCAGCCGCCUUAGCACCAUCGGGAGAGGAAGGAAAGCAGGGAGGUGUUUGCACUCCGCCAAUCGCGGUCCCUCCAUCAGCAGGGCAGGGCAAUGAGGGAUCGGAGGAGGCGGUGGAGCGACAGCUGCUGGCUUGUGAGGCUCCUCCCUGUCCUUCUAUUGGGCCUACAGUGUUCUUUGGCGCGGCAGGUGGCCCAGAAGGCGGCGGCACCCUUGCCCAGACGUGUGAGGGGCCUUCAGGGGAGGCUUUCGCCAAUCGAUUGCAGCCUGUGGACGCAAGGAGAACUUCCCGGUCUGCAGCAGGAUCUGCAGCAGUGACAGCAGGAGCAGCAUCUAAUGGUGGGAGAGCUUCGGGAGGAGAAGCAAGGGGAGGCCUGACGACAGGUUGCGGAGGGGGUGCCGUCGUGUCGUUCGCUUGGCCUCGGUCUGAGAGUGGUGGAGCAACUGGGACCCGCAGUCAGUACGUGCUAAAGCCUCUACAUCUGCGUUUAACUCUGCUGCAUGCACCGGAGCAGCAGGAGUUGGAGGCGCGCCUGGAGGUGCUCCGGGAGAGCCAAGGAAUAGAAAUCAGCAGGUCUCACCUCGAAGCCCUGCUGGCAAUUUCUAAUGAGGCGGCUCAAAGGAGACAGCGAUGCGAGCAGCUGCUACUCCGCCAGGCGCACACUGUCAUGCUCGGGACGGAAGGGCUUGAAGGCAAAACCCAGAGAGAAUUCAUUGGCCUGUACAGCCGCCAGCUACAGGCAGAAGCAGGCGUCAGAGGAGUUGCCCCCCUCACCUACAAAGAACAACAGAGGCUCCUUACCCUCCACGACGUCGUGGGCGUCAGACAUCUGGCGAAGUGGCGCAACAUCUGCACGGAAGCGACCAACCGUGUCCUGCAGCAGACACAGUUGCUGCAGCAGCAGCAACAGCAGCAGCUGUUGCAGCAACAACGCCAGCUACCUCGUCAACAACAGCAGAGUUGGUGGCAGUGGGUGACAGGGCGCCAGACUCCGCAGCAACAGCAACAGCAACAGCAACAGCAGCAGGAGAUGCCGAAAGCAGCGGAGGGGGCUCAAACAAUUGCAGUAGGAGACACAGAGGCACCUCUGUUGACAAGUGAAGACAUUCAACUCAUCGUAGACGCAGUGCAGUCGGACGAGUUGAUGCAGAGUGUAUCUUUGCCGACAAAGUAUGUGCUAACAUUUGAGCUGGAGCAGUUCAGCGUUUGCUUGAAGAACGAUAACGAGGCACAGGAGGUGGCGGAAGAAGAGACGGCGGAUGUGCUGCGAGAGGCGAAGUCCAUCAAGGCCAUCGGAUACUCUCCCAAAGAGGCUUCCAAAUGUUUCCCCCCAGACUUCCCGCAGCCGCCGCCCCCUCUAAAACUGGCGACAGCCGUAGCAGCAGCCGACCCAGGAGCAGUAACAGCACCGUCUGCUACUGCCUCAAUAAGGACAGGGGCUUCCGACUCUCUGCGGACCGACACUUCAGCUGAGAAGGCCUUUCUGUCGGUAGAGCUUUUUAACUUGUGUGCUGCUUUAGAUUUGCUGAACAGGCAGGACGCAGCUGGUCGCGACAGCAGCGAAUGGUCCUUCUGUAUUUCUCUCUCCAACGUCGCAGUGAGACAACAAUCGCACCUACUCAUGCACUUUAGGAGAGAAAACGCGGCGGCUCCCGCAGCACCCGUAGCACCCGCUGCUGCUGCUGUCUUAGCAGCGGCGGAAUCCCCCAGGCUUUCUUCCCAUUGCCGCGGGCUGAUGAUGUUUGGAGGCGCGGUUUCGGGCGAGAACGAGCUUUCGCUGGCUACCAGUUGCAGCAGAAGUAGCAGCAGCAGCGGCAGUAGCAGCAGUAGCAGCAGCAGUAGUAGCAGUUGGAGGUGCAGCAGCGGAAGCAGCAGUAGCUGGAGCUUCAGCCGCAGCAGCACGUCAGCAGUAGCUUUCUCGCCUGCAGAAGCUACUGCAUCUUGUCUCACAGCAGCACGUCUGGAGCUGCGGCAUGACCUGACCCCUACUGGGAAUAUUUUAGGGGUGUACAUUCGGCUGUCGCCGCUGGUAGCAGCCAUUAAGCCGGAGCUGGUGAGAACUUUGUGCGAUUUUUUCGUGUUUGAAACUCCAGCGGACGUGCGGCGUUUGGAGGAGGAAGAGGAACGACGCGCUGCUGGCGUUGCUGCUCCAGCUGCUGCUGGAUCCCACUGGGCCCCGUGUGGAGCGGGUGAUGACGGGAAGCCGGAUGGGGUGGACAGUAGCGGAAGCAGCACCAGCAAAGUGGCUACUGAGGUGGGCGAUAUGCGGAAGAGCGAAUUUGUGGAGGGUUUGCGCGAGACCGGGGAGACGGUGUACGAAGCUGCAGUGCAGCACCUUCCGGACUUGGUGCAGCUAGAUUUGCUGGUAGCAGCGCCGAUAUUGAAUUUAGAUGGAAAGGGUGCAGGCAGCGUAGCUUUACACUUAGGGACACUGUCGCUGCGGUCAGAUGGCGCCUGCCCCUACGAUGCACUGCGAGGUGUCUUGGAGGUGAACGAAACGCGGCUCAUCUGCGCUCCAACAGGCCAUCAAGAGGUUUCGAUAUUGCGCCCAAUACCGAUCCGCGUGCAGCUGGAGGUCUUCAAGAUGAAAGACGUCCGCCUCAACAUCCUCUUUGAAGAAAUUUUCCUCGAACUCACACCAGAGGCCAUCGGACUCCUCAUUGCAGUCCCUGCAUCCAUGGCCAAGUCACUGCUGCAAGAGCGCCCGCAGCAGGUAACGACGGACCGGCAGCAGUCACAAGCACCAACAACAGCAGCAACAGCAGAACAAUCAGGCAGAACAGCCACGAGAACUCCCACGCCACAACACCUAGACCCGCUGCAAGACGCUGGGGGCCAAGGGGAAGCAGCAGGGGAGCCAGCUGUAGGAUUUUCAGCUACAAAACCCUUAGGAACUUUACCGGCAGCGGCAGCAGAAGCAGCAGAAGCAGCAAACGCAGCUACAGAGCCUCCCGAUCCAGUUCCGGCUCAUUUACUGCUUGAUGCAGUGGUGACUGGGUCUGGGGUUCAACCCGACGACUUCUGCAGCAAUGAUGACGCAGCUGAAAGCGAGGCAGUGGGCGGCUCAACAAUUCCAUGCGGCAGCAGCAGUAGGAACAUCAGCAGCAACACCAUUGUGGAUACAGAGGAGCGGUCCCAACUUGUGUUUGCGUCCAUAUGGCGUUUCGGCCGCUGCGGCUUUCUGGUAAGAGGAUUGGCGGAUAGGGACAAGGGAUCUACAGUAGGUGGCGAGACGGGACCUCCAGUGCUCCAGGCGGAGUUGACAGAUCUGCAGAUGCAGCUGACAGCAGACUUGGCCACUGGCAAGUGUGGUGCCGCUGCUGAGCUUCACCAAGUCCUUGUCUCAGAUCCCUCCACCGAUUCGCCCCUCUUCCUGUCCUUACAAAAUAAUGUAAACCAUUCGGACAGCGUGGAGCUGGCAACAAGCCGCAGCACCGUCAGCUUCGGGCGCAGCGGCAGUGUGCCGCUGCGCAGCACCACUACUCUUGGCGGAGCGCCAGAGGAGGAGGAGUUUCACGAUGCUGUAGAAGACAUGGAAAAAAGCUUGAGAGUCGAGUUGGAGGUGCUGCUCGGCAAGUACAACGCCACAACAGUGACAUCAACAUCCGCUACUGCAUCACCAACGCCAGCUGCAAGUGCAGCAGCGACGACCGGAGCUGACGGGGCCGCCGCUGGUGCUGCUGCUGCCGAGGCUUGUGUUGCAGCCCCUAAGGCAACACUCGUAGUGACAUCGCUCCCGGUAGAGCUUCACUGGCGGCAACAAAGUCUGCGUCGCAUCCUUCAGACGCUAGAGGUGUACAGAGAAACCAUUCGUGGGCGGGUCCAGCUACACCUGGACGAACUUUCGGAGGCUUCCGCUGCUGCUCUGGGUCCCCGAGGCCUCCUUUCAAAGGAGACUGUGGCUGCAGUGCAUGACACUCUGCAGACAGUGCAGCAGACUUUGUCUUUCAGGGCUGACGGAGAAUGCAUGCAGGGAGGGGCGGCAGCAGACGCCCAACGCAGCAGCAGCACCAAAAGCCGCUCCAAGAGCGGCAAUGCCCAGGCGCUGCGCAGAACCACUACAGGUCGAGACUGGCUGCGAACGGGACUCGAUCUAGGUAGCGUGCUUCCACCCCUGGCGAUCCACAGGUGCUGCGAUACAGCGUGGAAGGUCAGCCAGGACGGAACUGCUGAUCGUGCUGCAGCAACAGCACCAACAGCUGGAGCAGGAGGGGCAGCUGGAGGAGGAGCAGCGGAAGAAGCAGAUGCAGCUGGGAUAGCAGGUGAAUCGCAGGAGCAGCUGCUGCAGCCGACGGUGCAGCGGCAAGUGCCGCACGUGGGACUGGAGCUGACGCUGACAUUUCGAGAGGUUGCAGUUGCCUUUUGGGAGACAAAUGAAGUGGUGCUGGCGCGAAUGGCUCUGAAGGAACUAAAGGCCUUUAGUCGUUUCUACUCCAACGGAGACACAGAAACCACAUUUGCAAUUGGAGACGGUGGUGUUGUUUUCAGAGACCGAUGCGUCUUGGCCCCUCGCGCAGCCUACAGACCCCCAUCCCAGCAACAGCCUCGCCGACACACAAGCGCUGCAGCUCACGACACAGCCAAGAUGGAGGGAGGUGCUUCCUACCCACUCAAAGGGUGUGAUAUUGCAGCAGCACCUGAAGCACCUGGAGCAGCUCCAACAGCUGCAUCCUCUCCAGGUAUCACAGGUGCAGUAUCAGGGACUCAGAGAACAGGAAAAGGAGCCCCAGCUGUCUCCUUAUUCACCGCUCGUCUUCGUCAGUAUGGGGGCCCUGACCCGAUUUCGGCGGCCCUGCCACCGUAUUCGAUGUGCCUCGAAGGCCAGAUGGAGCAAAUAUGUUUUGUUUAUCGACAGCAGGACGUCUCGCGCACUUUGAACUACUUGCGGGACGGCAUUUUUGAUGUCUUUAUUUCAAAGUCGUACAGAGCAGUGAAGGAGGCAGCGACAGCAUCGUAUUGCCUCUUCGCCCUGGAUAUUCAGUCGCCUCUGUUUAUUCUAGCCGAAGACAAGGAUGCCAUUCCAGGGUACGUGGCCCCACCAGGAUACAGGAUGCCCAAUAGGCUGAGCCGCGUCCAGAAGCAGAGUGCGGCUCCUGCAGCUGCUACGCCUACGGCAUGCCCGGCACCAACUUCUGCUACCGAUCCUCUGCAGAUGGAAGUGGAAGUUGGGCAUUUAGGGCGUUUUAUUGUCUUUGACCUCGGAAACCUGAAGAUGCACAACGCGUACAUGCCGGCAGUACCCAGGCAUCACCCGCAUCAGGAACAGGAGCACCAGGAGCAGCCACAGCAUGAGUUUAUUGCCUCCCGUCUACUGCAUCCGCCUUCAUUCGGUGAUGCUGCGUUUGCCUCGGUGUUGAGCGAGGAGACCCGCUUGCAGGCAGCAGAUGAUUUUGGAGGGUACAGGGCAGAAGGGGCCCACGGAGAAGUCAUUUGCUCCGAUUUGAGGCUUGAGAUGCGAGGCAUGCAGAUAAGUGCCAGCGACAACACACAGGAGCCGGCGGCAGGUGGGUGCUUGCUCGAGAAUGUAGAGGCCCGUAUGUUGCUGCGCAGCGCACCAACUUCGCUCUCCAUAGAGGCAGAGACAACAGCUUGGUUGCUGCACCUGUCACGGCAGCAGCUGACUUUGGUGUUCGACGUUAUCAACGAGAACAUCGGGGGCCAGGGCUACGCGCCAGCAUCCGAAGUGCCUCCAGUCCCACCGGCAGCAGCAGCAGCGGCGACGGACAGUAGCAGCAGCGGUGGUGGCGGUGGCGGUUGUUUGGACGACGCCGCUUUGCGCAGGGAACUGGAAGCGCCGCCUCUGGCAGUUGAGUGUCACAUUGUAAUUCCCCAGCUGACAUUGGAGGCUUCUUACGGGGCGGAGGCUCCUCUGGCUUUGCUGUCUUUGCAUCGCAUUACAGCGAAGGCGGCGGUCUCAGUCUCGCGGCUCGUGUCGUGCUACCGGUUUCUGCUUUAUGCUGAGGAAUUUAGCAUCGAUGAUCUACGCGCUAGCUCGGCCAACUACUUCAAGCGCGUCGCGCACUGCACGGCCCCUGGGGGAGGAGACAGCCGCCGCGUCGGAGAUCGCCAUUGUUGUGGCGAGGUGGGGGAGAAUCUACCGGGAGGUAGCCAGGGCGAGGAGGAAAGCGACGCUUCAGAAUUUGUGGAUACACUUCAGAGGCGUAGCAAGGUACCGGGGGUGCAGUUCGAGUUUGGAUCUUCCCUUAGAGAGUCGUACAUGGACUUCCAGUUCUCUGGUGUCACCGUGUAUCUCCUGCUUGUGGCAUUCAUGGAUAUCCUCAGCUACUUCACCUCUUCGUGGGCAUUUAGUUCCAUGCGCUCCUACCCAAAGCCUCUCCCAACGCUGCUGAAAAAUGCCGAACAGCAGCAUCAAGAUCAACAACAACUGACUGAGGGGGAGCGGGUGUCUUGGGAGGCUUCGCGGGCAGACAAGGUUUGCGACAGCACGCGGGGAAAUGUAAUGUCUGUCUUGCUCUCUGGCGAGGCGCUUAGAGAGAGACCGUUUCGGGUUUCUGUGAUCAUCAGGAGGGGCUGUUUCGUGGUGUAUAGUGCGUUGCAGUCUGCUCUGGCUCCUAUCAUUGUUUGGUCGAGUGACUUCCUGGUCCAUCUCAUCAUGAAGGGCGACGAGAUUGCAUUCGAACGCGUCAAGGUCACUGGCAGCAAAAUAUGCCGCUUCAAUUCUGCUCCGCCCCCCGAAGCUCCCCUAAGGUCUCAGUCUCACGCCGGGGUCUUCACCUCCAGACACAUCAACACAGGUGAAUGCAGCGUGGAGGACCUUCCUGGGCACGCUGCCUCGUCCGUUGUUGCAACGCAGAAGCACGGGAUUGCCAGAGAGGGAUCCGCGGCUGCGAGAACUGUCCGCUGGGGGAGCACGGACGUCAGCAGCAACAUCAGCAGCGAAGCAAGCAGCAACCGGCAAGCGUGCCGCCUCGAAUUCAGUUGCUCGCCCCGCGACAUGCGGCAGCACCGGGAAGAAACAGCUGCAGGCACCGACUGGAAGCAACAGGAGAGGCAUAUGCCGCAGCAGAUGAUGCGUGACUGGGCACAUAUGCAGCAGCUGCAGCAGCUGCACCAUUUUGUCUCUGGAAGAGGCCCCUCUCCUGAACGCCUUGCCCCUCGCACAGACCCCAGCAGUGCCGUGCUACUUUGCGAGCAGUUUCACCUAGAGGGGAGAGGCGUAUACCGCUCGGCAUGUGUGGCUCCUGAGGACAGAAGUGAGUCUAGCCAGCAACAGCAACAGGGGCAGGCGCAGGGGAACGACCAGGCUGCUACUACUCCACACAGCCAUGAUAGGAUUCCAGCAGCAGUUCAUCGAAUGCAACAAGCAUUCUCUGCUGCUGCUGCAAAGCUGCCUCCCAGUUCCAUAUCUCCCCGAGGAGGGAGACGCGCCCCUCCUCUGUCCAGUGGGUCGGCAGCUGCCGCUCCCAAGCAGCCGCAACAGCCGCAGCCGCAGCAGCAACAGCGCGAGGUGGGUACAGAUGGACCACAGAAGCCUGACGACCAACGGCGGCUAAAACAGAAGCAACGCGGAAAGCAAGCACCAACUCGGAGUGCCCUGCAGCAGCAGUGCACACCAAUGGAACAGGAACAAAUGGGGGCAAGUGCCCAGCCUCGCGUGGCAACAUUCAUCGACAUGUCUUUCGAUAUUCCGCUUUUCUUUUUGCGGGUCUCUUGUAGAGACAUGGCCCUGCUGCUGGCUGCUGCCCAGGGCUUGCACUCCGAUGGGCCCAGCGUCUGCCCUCCUCAGCAGCCUCCCCCUAUCUGCUUGCCUGAGGCGUGUGCUCGGCGUCAGCAGCGACAGCAACAAGAGCAGAAGCAAGAAGAUGCGGACAUACGUGUUUCGCAGCAGCUACCCCCUCUUGUGGAACGAACGGCGAAAAUAUCCCUGUGUUUGGACGGAGCUCAGUUGCUUUUGCUGGACGACCUGAGGUCUUCAGUGCUUCCAGUGCUGCAGCUGAGGCUGUCAGCAGGGGGUCUGAUCUUUGACAUAAUGUCAUCGCAGCUGCAAGUAGCACUGCGGGACUUCUCUUGCGGGCUCGACUACCUGAAUGCAAAGGCUGGAUGCUGGGAGCCAUUUAUAGAGAAGCUGGACAUCACUGCAGUGUACCGCCGCGAUUACGCAGAAGAGAAGCAGCAACUGCUGCAGCGGCAGCAAGCGCAGGUUGGGGCCUUGGAACUGCUCCCUGGGGAAGAUCCCUGGGGUUCCUUCAAGGCUGCGAAAACGCUGAUGCUGCACAGCCAGUCUCCAUUCUGGCUAAACUGUACUCCGCAGCUGUGCGACCUUUUCGCGUGGUUCUUGCCGUACCUGCUGGCGCACCUCACCGAAGGCGGCGUCCCCACGCCAGACUCAAAGGGCUGCGUAGUCAGGGAGGGGCCCAGAAAAGGGUGUCUCAGCCCUUCAACAGUGGCCCGCGACUCUUUGGCUGCUCCGUCGGGCCCUAUCCCUUCCACCCUGCAACUACUGGAAGGAGACACAGAGCAGGAUGAUGAUGCCCCAGAGCCGCAACAGGACCUCCUUGUACGGCUAGGACGGAGCUGCAGCGAGGGACAGGGCGCCUCUUCUGCUGCGGGGGCAGCGCCCGCCACCACGACAGCGGCAGCUGUUGCUUCUAUGGGAAGGGAGGUGGAGGCCGCUUUCCGCUACCUGAACCUGACAGGUGAAUGCCACUACGCCUUUACCAUGCACAAAGUGGGCGGACGAAACCGGGGCGUUAUGAAGGAACAGUCUUCUAGAAGCAGCAACCCCAGCAAUAGCAGCGGCAAGGGGUGUGGCCUCAGCAGCAGCCGCAUUGCGUUACGGGGUGGAGCGGGCGGUGGUAGAGGGGAGCGCAGCGAAAUACAAACUGUAGAUGGCUUGCUACUGUUAUUACCGGGGUCGUCGUCUCCGCUGCCGUUAGACGGCCUGCUCCAGAGCCGCACGGCUGAGGCCUCGCGGCGGUCACGCAACCGCCAGCGUUUUUAUAUAACAAAUUGCCCCCCCGUAGAGUCUGUGCUGCAGCUGAGAGAGAUGUUUCCCUCUGUCUCCGUCCCUGCAAUCUGCCGCAGCAUCAUGUCCACUCAAGACGUGCAGCACACACUCAGGUUCCUUACUACCAACGAAGAAAUGCGCAGAAAAAUUAGAGUGCGAAACCUGGCCUCCGCAUCUGUCGGGCUGCAUCGGGUCUCCCGAAGUUCAUCACCGUCUCGUUCCAGUGCCAAUACCGCCGCAGCAAUUCUUGUCGGUCCCACGGAUGCCCAGCAGCAGCAAAACAAGGACGCGGAUCUGUCACAAAGCCCCAGGGCAGUAGCAGCACCACCACUUUCUCCCCGCCGGCUGUCGGAGGGGUGCAUUGACCCAUCCCCUCCUGCCAUUGGCCCCUUUCCUAGGGGAACGAAGGCCGUGGCUGUCGACAGUAUGCGCAAUUGCUGCGUGACAUUACUUCCCCCCGUGAGACAUUCAUUGCCGAACCCCAAGUACAGCACGGCUCCAGCAGCAGUAGCGGCUCUCCGAGGACCUACGGGCACAGCGAACGCUGUCGCAACUACUACAGAGAGGUUCCUGGGAGGCAGCAGCAAAGGAGUAAGCAGCAACACCACCACGGUCUCCAGUAGUAGCAGCAGCAACAACAACAAAUUUGCUGCCAGGCAACUGCAGCGGUUGCGCAGCUCGCUGACCAUGAAGGACAGGAGGCCUUCAGGGGCCCCGUUGGCGCCCCAGCUCAGUCACGCCUCCACCAUUACCUCGGCGAAUAUCACCACCGCAGGAGCCCUGGAGAAAAGGGAACUCUGGAAGCAGCGACAGGAGGAGCAACAAGAACAACAGCAUCAGCAGCAACAGCAGCAGGGGACGGCCAACCCGACAGACGUUCCACCGCAGGAAGCAAGGAGGCACCCUACAGCUCUGGGAAUUGCAGCACUCGGAGGAGGGAGCGAGAGAAGCUUCCGUAGGCAGUCCAUCUUUGUGGAUUUGGAGCUGUGGCGGGCGAGAGGGUCUCGGGGCGAGUCUCUUCAGCAGCUGAGCGGGGAGCACUCAACAAUAAGCAGCAGCUUCUCGGCGCCUCUGCCGUUGGCCCACGUGGACAGCACCAGCGAGGCGAUUUGCCAGGUGUUAAGUCCGCAUCCGUCUUACAAGUUGCUGCUGCUCUCGACAACUGUCUCGGUGCACAACAGCAGCGGUAUGCCCCUGGAAAUAUGCUUUCUCGACGCAGAGCUCAAUCCCCUGUUGUUGCCAGCUGCUCACGGCGCCUACGCGCCGCUGGAGGCCAUUGGUGAAGCUCCACCCUGUGCUUGCAAGAGAGGGCAUCUGUCUAUGGAGGAGCCGUCGUCCUUACACCCGGACUUGUUGAGGGUCCCUGAGUGGAUGUUGCUGCGGGAAGAACGGUGGAAAUUGGUGCAACGGCGCGAGACGCUGCAACACAAGGAACAGCUGAAACUGCUGCAGCAGGCCUCAGCCGCAAAAUCACCCUCUCUCAGGCGCACAGCCGCUGCCCCCUUCAGGAGAUCCUUGACGGAGUCCGGCCGCAUAACAGGGUACACAAAGUCUCCGACAUCCCAUGGUUCUCUGCAGCACGAAAAGUCUGCCCGUGAUGGUGACCUCAGCUCUGAAUCGCACACGCGGCAGCCGGCCGAGAGACUCACAUACACCUUUCUUUUGCCGAACCAGCACGUCCUCUCGGUACCGCAGAGGGCAAUUCUAGGCAGCGGAUGGUGUAACGUCUGCUUCCGACCUGCAGCAUUCGCUGAAGAAACAGCAGCAGCAACUGAAGCAGCAUCGACGGCGGGAGCAAACCCAGUAGGAGACCCACCCGAGUGUGCGAACUCAGAUGCUGAAGCUGAGUUGAUUCCCGCUCCUCCAGAUAUGACCUGUGUAGCUGGUUGGUGCGACAUGAUAGACACGAGACACCGGAUGAAAGGCCUACGGUGCAGACAGAGCUCCUACCUACCUCCAGACUGCCGUCCAGGGGCAUCUGUUGGUGCUGCUGCUGGAGCUACAGGCGCAGAUGGUGGUGGUGUAAAGACAGUGCGGAAUUUGUAUUUUCUGGUGCACAUUGAAGGGCGGAAAGGGGCUUUGCCUGCGGAGAAGGAGUUGAAGAGGGUGACGAUAUUUCCGUCCUUGACUUUGGUGAAUGCCACGCCAACAGAGCUAGAGGUUUGCAUUGCCCCGUCAUCUUCUUCCUCGAAGGCCAGCCGAAGGCAACUGAACGCUACGCCUACAAGCAGCAGGACGGCUGAAGCAGCACUGCAAGAGUUGCAUGCGCUGCAGCAGCGACCCAUUCUUAACGCAACACUCAGAAGACGCUCCACCUUUUUGGUCUACGCCGUGCCUCCCAACAGACCCUUGCGGUUUCGAAUGCGGUUUGCAAUGCUGGAAGGUGCAGAGUGGUCUUCCACCGUCUCGGACCUACUGAGCUCACAGGACGAAGUGGUAACCAGGGUGCUGGUGCCGUCGCGCCACAACGCCUCUGUUGAGCUGGAGGUGCUGCACGACACGGCGGAGGUAAUACCUUUCCUGCCCUACGUCUCCCCUCGGCAGUUGGUGGCUGUCAUUGCAGCACCUCGCGCCUUCAUAGACCGCACCGGCUUGGGGGUCCGACCCAUACAGGAUGGUCGUUUCUUCCCCGAAUUCGACGGUCAAAGCCUCUUAGGGGACUCCGCUACCUCGGACGUCACUCUGCUGCUUCCUAGACGACGGGGUCUGGGGCAGCCCGUGGAAUGUCGCGUCAGCGUCCCUGCCCUAGGCGGGUACAGCCAUGCAACGCUCGAGGCCGAAGAUCGUUGUUACACUUUGCGCCUCAGGAGCGAGAAGAUGGACCCUUCAGAAACCGCAGGGGCUAUUUGCCGAGUUGUGUCUCUCGUGCCGGAAUUCAUACUGACGAAUGCGCUGAAAGUACCGCUCUUCUUCCGGCAGUACGGCACCCCAGGACCUGCCUUCGAAGUUCACCCGGGCCAAAGCUACCCAGUCUACUGGGCGAACUCCGAGCUACCGCAGGCGAUUCAAUUUCGCCCGGGGGCUGGAGACGGCUACGCGUGGUCGGGAGCAGUUGUUGCGAGUGAAGAGACAGCAGGCAAGAGCUGGAUUGCUCUCUACAACGGCAUGCGCGAUGCAGCACCUGGUGUCUUCUGCGUUGAAGUGGCGCCUGAUGGAGGCGUCAAGAGUAUUUGCAUUCGGGGGGUUGAGGGGAACUCGGAGGGGUUUUUGGUUAUUAACAGGUGUCCCGUGAUUCAACGCGUUAUGGUUCAUACAUAUCACACCGAGAUGAGCGUCCAAGGCCAGAGCACUGAUAUAGGAGGGGGGCCUUCAUCCUUUCCCCCGUCAUCGUCUAACUGGAGCAGGCACCCCCUAAAACUUCCGGAUUUUGAUUUUCAUUUCUUCGCAAAUGAAGGAGAGACCGUGGCCUAUGGAUGGCCAUUCCCCUUCACCUACACCUCGAGGCCUUGCCAAGUACUCUUGUGGAUCGACAGCAAGACCGUGGCACCUAAGAGUCCUAUCGCGCUGGACUUGGAGACGCCGCAGUACAAACGCUAUGAAGUGAACCUCGGCCUCCCUGACAUGCCCCAGAUUAUAGUAAGGACGGAGAAACGAGGUGAUGCAAUGAUCAUUGAAGUCCGGCCUAAGCCAGGAACUGGGCCUGAAGGCACUCUUGCGGUGAUGCCUUCAACCAGGCCCCACGGAGCUGAGCAUGAGAUGGUAGUAACCAUGGCUCAAGUAGGGAUCUCCCUUAUUUAUGAUGCUGUGAGAGAAGAGCUCUGUUUCGCGGAGAUGUCGCAGCUUGCCAUCGGUUUUCAGGAGAGGGGAGAGCGGCAAAAGUUGCUCGUCCGCAUCGCCGACAUCCAAAUCGACAACCAAAUGGAACGGGCAAGAAAACCGGUGCUCCUGGCCAACAGAGGUGGUGGUGGCCACGGCGCUGAAGAGGUAUUCACGUCCUCGACUCACAACGCCUCGAAGCCUUUUCUGAGUCUUUUUGUCGUUCGCCACCACACGACCAGCAGCGAUGUCAUUCUGCGCCGAGUCCAGCUCGAGGUGGACAACUUGGAAGUGGAAAUCGAUGCCGAUGCGCUUAACGGCCUCAACGAUUUGAGUUCUCUGCAGGAUUUCUUCUGGGCAUGCAUGACGUCGCUGGGGCUAAUGAGCGCCGCAUCCCGUCGGACAAUAUCAGCUGAAGACAUGGAUGUGUGGAUUGAAUCCCCUAUUCACCAAACGUAUAUCUGCCCCCCCCUUCCCACGGUCUUAUCUUUAGAAUCCAUGCUUAUCGACAGAUUUGACGUUUACUGCUGGUGUUCUUUCGUCUUGGAUAAGCUGCACAUGCUCUCUGAUCUUCUCAAAGUAGGGCUGCGCAUUCUAAUGGCGUCAGGACGCCUAGAGCUUAUGGGUGCGAAGCUGAAUUUCCAACGAGAGGAAUUCAGGAAUUUGCGAGGAACGGCGAAGACCUUCGUGGCAUCGUUGCAAGAACGUUACACGUACCAUUUGUUGAAUUCUGUUUUCUCGUCUCUGGGGCAGAGUUCGCUUUUGAAUUUGCCGCGUAUGCCAUUCGAGUUGGGAAAGAACACAAUCGGUUUGGCGGCGAAUGCGGUGGACAGCGUAAGCGCUGGUUUGGGGAGUUUGCUUUCAACUUUCACUUUUGACUCUGAGUACAUCAACAGAAGACAGAGGGAACGCGGGCGGAACACUGCAAGCAUGCGAGACGGUUUCCUGUCAGCGGGAAAGAACAUCGGAGAGGGCAUGUGGUCUUUGACAAACAUCGUAACAAAACCCAUUGAGGGGGCGCAACGGGAAGGCGUCGGCGGGUUCUUUAAAGGCAUCGGCAAAGGCAUCGUUGGUUCUUUAGUCAAGCCUCUCGAUAAGGUCGGCCAAGCCGUGUCCGAUGUCACAAGAGGUAUCAAGGCGGAGGUUUCUAGGCCGAUAGGAGCGUACAAAUUCAGAAAUGAGCGACGGCGUAAACCACGGAUGCUGGGGGAGCUUGGGGAAAUCAGGCCUUAUGAUGAGACGGAGGCAACGCUGCGAGAAUGUUUGGGUCUGGCGGUUACACGGCGUCUCCAGAAAUUCGUCACAGUCUUGAAGGAAGAGGCGUUGCCGCCUCGACACUUCGUCGUGCUGUUCUACCCUAAGGAUCUUUUCUUUGUGGACUUGGCGGGGUCUUCUCAGGCUUCGGGGGGACCCCAAGUUGGAGACGAAUCGGAGGCCGGGGCAGCCAAGAAUGUUAAUGUGCUGUGGCAUGCAAGCAUUCCGCUGGUUCGUGACAUUCGGGCGAGCACGCACGGCGUCAUCAUCCGAGCUGGUCAGCCUGCUGUUCAGCGUCCGAAGGAAGUCCUGGCUGCCCUCAGCAGUCUCGACAGUUCCCCUAGAUCUCAAGGUACCCACGGUGGGUCUUUGAGGCAUGUGGAGGCUAGGGGAGAUCACUGCUACCAGAUCCCCUGUCCUUCAGCUGCUCUCAUAUCUCAGCUGUACAAGGAGUUGUUGGAGGCAGUGCACGGGUCCACGUCUGUAGUGCAGCUCGGCACUUGGGACGCCGAGAGAUAUACCGAGACAGACGACGACUCAUAG